AAGUGAUUUGUUUUCUAAAAAUUUAAAUGGAAUGUAAUUUCCAUAUUUAAAAUUUACCCAGAUAAGCAAUUUACAAAAGGAAACACAUGGGAUAAAAAUCACACUUGAAUUGAUUAUUAAAAUCGAGAGACUACAACAUAAUCAAUAAAGUUAAUAAAUUCAUUAAGGUAUUGAUGUUAUCAUAUAUUAGGAAUCAUUUCGAAUUUCAUACUAAAACAAUACUUUAGAAGUGACUUGGCUUCCUCCCACACUUGAUAUUAUUGUUAUCGAGCUUUUAUACUUAAGUAUGGGGACGAUUUGGCAUUCAUUUUAUUAUGUAAUGUUGACUUUCUAUUUGAUGAUAUUUUUUCUGUGAUAAAUAAUGAUUGAUUUGGCUGCUGG